AUGGCCGAUCAGACAAGUGCUGCUGUUGCUCAACUUUCAAUGCGAGACCGCCGGGCGUACCGGGAAUUCAUGUUUCCACCCGAAAUCAGCAACGCAACACACCAGCCAUUCUUCUCGCUGGAGAACGCCGCGUUGUGGAUUACAGCGUGGGGACUCGAGCUGUUCCUCCUCUGGGAUGACUCCGAGGUCGACGUCGCCGCUUUUGACGCCGAAGCAAUCCGUGGCGAUGAUCUUAUAUCGUUCCGUGACACGAUUUUGCCUCCCGAAUAUGCAGUCCACGAGUUCUUCUCGCUGGACAACGCGAUAGUCUGGGUCCUCCCGACCGCAUAUGCGGCAUACGUCGCGUUUUCAAACUCCCGACAGCGUGGCCGGCCUGCCUUAAUUCGACAGCGCGGCCGGAAUGCAUCUAGCCAGGCAACAUCUCCAGCUCCCUCUCGUACGCGGACCUCAUCAGCGUCGUCUCGCGCCGCCUCAGUGCUCUCCCGUCAUUCCGAAUUCGCUCUUCCGUCACGCUCAAUUUCCCGUGCUAGCCACCACUCGCGGUUUCCUCCUUCGGUCGGUACUGGCAGCUCUUUACCCCCAACGCGAGCGGCCUCGAUUAGCAGCUUCUCUCGCCAGUCAUCUCGUCGAUCGCUCUCCAAUGACUCCGCCAAAUCUCCUCGUUCUUCGUCAAUUGACCCUGCCUUCAUGCGUCGGUCACCAUCCGCUGAUGGUUACUUCCAGCAGCGACAGUCGCGCAGCCGAUCUGGGUCACCCGACCGCAAAAAUGAGCUAGCCUUUCCCCUUCGCGUUCUUCUCCCCGAGGUGCCAAAAACGGUCGACUCUCCGGUACGGCGCAAGAAGUCACCUUCCACAGGUGGGAGAGGCCGACGAAGGGGCACGCAAGCUUCUCAGCCCAACGCUGGCCAGCGCUUCCAGAUGACGCGCGAGCUCAGCGUUGAGCGAGUCAUUGACAUCGACUCAGUACCCCCCACAUGGUCAAUUCCGCGGGACGAUGCGGUUUAUCGUCUUAAACUCGCUGAACCACCAAAUGUGCCGCAGGGAACAAACCGGAAACGCCAAAAGGCCAAGGAAUGGACUAUUGAUGGGUAUAUCAAACACGAGGACCAAGACUCGUGGGGAGGCGGUAGUGCAGGGCACAAGGAUGGCGACGUCUGGGUCACAGGUUUUGCCGAUGACCUGGAUGUCGAGGUGUGGGCACGACGAUCAAGCUACCAUUGCAAUGGGGUUAAUGUAUGCGAACUCGUACCCGAUGAGAUUUUCGCAGAUUGCGAGCGGUACGAUAUUGAUGUAAACGCCAUGCGAGAGCUCUGGCAGCAUGAGCUUGACUCGAAAGAGCGCGAAGCAUCAUCAUAUGGCAGUUUAUUAUUGCGGUUCUAUGCCCGUGUCAUGAACACCAAGUGUAAGCGCAAGGACUGUCCGGGGCAUGCAAUCAUGAUUCUCCUUUCCCAUGGCCCCAAUCAGCUCGGCAAGAUCUACUUUAUUGGUUGCUCGGAAUGGCAUCCAUCGCAGCGGUUUGAGCAUAUAUACAUUCCCAUUCCCGCCAACAUCAACGAAACCAUGUUCAAAUUCAUGUUCGAUAACAACGGCCAACUUCCGGCGGGGCUUUCGGUCACCGAUUCAGACACAUGCUAUAUCACUGCGCACCCGCGCGUGCACAUGUCUGUCUGCCCUGCGGGACACUCGGUAAAUGGCUUUGCGAUAGUCCCCAAGAUUAUUCCGCGGCCAUGUCUCGCCGAAAUUAUCAUGUUCAUUCCUGCUCCAUUUAAAGGAGUUGCGCCACCCGCAUGGCUCGACAAUAUCUGUUUAGUUUACCUUCGCAAUUUCCACAACCACCCAGCGCAUCCACACAGUAAGCCGAGUGUUGAGGAGGAGGCGCGAUUGGAGGCAGUGAUCAAUGCCAUUGGCGUUGAAGGACUUACGAACUCUCCGCUGACCGUUUUAGAUCCGUUAACCAUUGCUGAAUACAACGCACUUGAUGUUUUGCGAAAGGGUGAGCUUCGAGGAGCGCGAAUUCCGGCCCGAAGGGACUUGGACGCCGGCUUAGAGGUUGGCUCGGGGUUGGAGGUCAGCACGGCGCUCCAAGUAGGUACACUGGACAUGGCCGCAAUCGAUGAUUUUGACUUUCAAAUGAGUCCAAGAACGGCCUCGGCGAUUGCACGUGCAAUGGACGAGUAUGAAAGAGAACACGGGGCUGUGCUCACGUCGGAGUUGGCGACCUUAGCCGCCCCUGCGAGCAUGGUAGCAAUGCCGCCCGCAGCAUCUGAGCCUAAUGGCGGCUACACUGGCAUACCACGCAUGGAUGCAAGCGGUUUGGAAUCACUUUCGUCUCCGGAUGGCCGGACCGAAGUGUCUGGUGACACUGUUGGUCUUCUUGACACCAGAAUCGUGGCUGCACCGACUGAAGCAGAAUCACUGACAGAGGCUGCUCACCCUGCGGGCCCGUCCACCUCUGACACAACUCCAGAGGAGCCUCGGAAGCGUCGUCGUGCUGCUACCACAACAAGUGAGUCCGAGAUCCUACCAGAAGGGCAGAAGCGAAAGCGGAAGGACAGUCGGAGAUUGAAACAGUUGGCAUAUUACGAAGAGGAUUGA